AUGCUGCCCGACUUCCUGUCGGCGGAGGGGGAGCGGCGCUGCCGCCGGCUGCUGGCAGGGGCCACGGCCCGAUACCGCGCGCGGCCGGCGGCGGCCGCAGUGCUCGUGCCGCUGUGCUUGGUUCAUGGGGCCCCGGCGCUGCUCUACACGCUGCGGUCCAGCCACCUGGCCGGGAAGCACAAGGGCGACGUCAGUUUCCCAGGUGGCAAGUGUGACCCCACUGACCGGGACGUGGUGCACACGGCCCUGCGGGAGACGCUGGAGGAGGUGGGCCUGCUCGUGCCCGAGCAGCACGUGUGGGGGAUCCUGCAGCCUGUGUCCGACCAGCGAAAGUUUACUGUGGUGCCCGUGCUUGCCAGCGUGGGCCCCCUGGAUCCCCAGAGCCUCAGGCCCAACCGGGAGGAGGUGGACGAGGUGUUUGCACUGCCCCUGGCCCACCUGCUGCAGGCGCAGAAUCAGGGCUAUACCCACUUCUGCCAGCGUGAUCACUCCCAGUACACACUGCCUGUCUUCCUGCACGGGCCACACCGCAUCUGGGGGCUCACGGCUAUCAUCACUGAAUUCACCCUACAGCUGCUGGCACCGGGCACCUACCAGCCUUGCCUGGCCGGCUUUCGGUUGCCCAGGAGCUGAGGACCUGGCUCCAGCAGUCCCCGCGUCUGCCCAGCCAGGUCGGUUGCACUC